AUGGGCAAUACCUCCAAUGACUCCUGGCCCGAGGACUGCGGGUCGCGGCAGUGGCUCCCCUCCGGCGAAAGUCCGGCCAUCAGCUCGGUGAUGUUCUCGGCCGGGGUGCUGGGGAACCUCAUCGCUCUGGCGCUGCUGGUGCGCCGCUGGCGGGGGGACGCGGGACGCGGGAACUCGGUCUCCUUGUUCCACGUGCUGGUGACAGAGCUGGUGUUCACCGACCUGCUUGGGACCUGCCUCAUCAGCCCGGUGGUGCUGGCUUCCUACGCUCGAAACCAGACCCUGGUGGCGCUGGCGCCUGAGAGCCGUGCGUGCACCUACUUCGCCUUCGCCAUGACCUUCUUCAGCCUGGCCACGAUGCUCAUGCUCUUCGCCAUGGCCCUGGAGCGCUACCUGUCCAUCGGGCACCCCUACUUCUACCAGCGUCGUGUCACGCGCCGCAGCGGCCUGGCAGUGCUGCCCACCAUCUACGCCGUCUCCCUACUCUUUUGCUCGCUGCCGUUGCUGAACUACGGGCAGUACGUCCAGUACUGCCCCGGGACGUGGUGCUUCAUCGAGCACGGCCACACUACGUACCUGCAGUUGUAUGCCACCCUGCUGCUCCUCCUCAUCGUCGCGGUGCUCGCCUGCAACUUCAGCGUCAUCCUCAACCUCAUCCGCAUGCACCGUCGGAGCAGGAGAAGCCGCUGCGGGCCCUCCUUGGGCAGCUGCCGGGACGCCCCUGGGGCCCGCAGGAGAGGGGAAAGGCUGUCCAUGGCGGAGGAGACAGACCACCUCAUUCUCCUGGCUAUUAUGACCAUCACCUUUGCUGUGUGCUCCUUGCCUUUCACAAUUUUUGCAUACAUGAAUGAAACCUCUUCCCGAAAAGAAAAGUGGGACCUCCAAGCUCUUAGAUUUUUAUCCAUCAAUUCAAUAAUUGACCCUUGGGUCUUUGCCAUCCUUCGGCCUCCUGUUCUGAGACUAAUGCGUUCAGUCCUGUGUUGUCGGGUUUCAUUAAGAACACAAGAUGCAGCACAGACUUCCUGUUCUAUACAGUCAAAUGCCAGUAAAUAG